GUGCCACAACACAAAACACGUAUUUUAUAAACAAAAGUACCAGAUGUAUAAACAACUAUUGAGAGUGUGUAUUUUUUUCUUAUAAAAUAAAAAAUUAUGAUGAAGCAAAAUCAAGAUAUCGCUAAAGUAGUUUUUUUAUGUGUUCUGUGGUAUAUUAUUUCUAGUACUAAUAAUGUCGUUGGAAAAAUAUUACUAUUAGAGUUUCCUUAUCCAUUGACAGUCACAAUGGUACAGUUAACCUCAAUCACUAUAUUGUCUGAUCCGUUUUUUCGUUUUUGGGGUAUACGAAAGACAUCGGAAAUUUCUUGGAAUUAUUAUUUUCGUUUACUUGUACCACUUGCACUCGGUAAAUUACUUGCCAAUGUACUUAGCCAUAUCAGUAUUUGGAAAGUUCCUGUAUCUUAUGCCCAUACCGUGAAGGCUACGAUGCCGUUCUUCACAGUCGUCUUAUCAAGAUUAAUUCUGCGGGAACAACAAACAUUCGACAUUUAUUUGAGCUUGGUACCGAUUGUAGUUGGAGUAGCCAUAGCCACCCUUACCGAACUUAGUUUCAAUCUCAUUGGACUUGUUAGUGCUUUGGCAUCAACAAUGGCUUUUUCUCUCCAAAAUAUUUAUUCUAAAAAAGUGCUUUGUGAUACCGGUGUCCAUCAUCUGAGGCUUUUAUUUAUUUUGGGACGAUUAGCAUUAUUCAUUUUCUUACCAAUCUGGACUUUUUUUGAUUUGAAAAGUUUAAUUUUUGACUUUGUCACAAUGAAAUCGGAAAGCUACAAAAUUUUAUGUCUAUUAUUAUUAGAUGGUUUUUUAAAUUGGUGCCAAAAUAUCGUAGCCUUUUCUGUAAUGUCGAUUGUAACGCCUUUAACUUAUGCGGUUGCAAACGCAAGUAAACGAAUUUUUGUUAUAAUAGUUACGCUUUUUAUUCUUGGUAAUCCAGUGACCGGUCUAAAUAUUUUUGGAAUGUUACUUGCAAUUACUGGUGUAUUUUUGUACAAUAAAGCUAAAUAUAAUCAACGACAAGCACAAAAAAAACAAUCUCUCUUACCUAGUUACGUCGACUUAAGUGACAAAGAUAAGUCUAAAUUUCAUAACAAUGACUGGGUUGAAGGUACUCGGCGGCUUCUCAUAAUCUAGCCUUUGAAUUAUUAAACAAUCUGUUAUAAAUUUGUUUAUAUUUUAAUCCAAACUUUUCAUCAUUGAGAUAAUAAUUAUAUUCGCUUCAAUUCAA